UAAAGUAAAUGACCAAUUCUUAUUGAGCAAGGAUUAUAAAAAAUUGGGAGAAUGUUUAUAGUUAAACAAACUGAUUUGUUGAAUGAUAUGAUCUUAAAAAAAAUUAUGUUGAGGAAAUUUUAGGGAAAGAGUAGGAGAGUGAGAUUUUUCAUAUUGGCUAUAUGCUUGGUAAAGCCCUUGAACCACACAGAGGCUACCAAUAUAAAACUCUCCAUGAAAUGUUUAAAAUUCAAAACUCUUCACUAGUUACAUUUAUAGGGAUUGUUUCCAAUAUUGAAUAUCUUUUUUGGUACUGUUUUUAACAUAAUGUCCGAAUAGCAGAGAAGGUGAAAGUGAAGAACUUUAAAAUGUUUGUCCUAAACCACAUUGGAGGCAGCUUAUGGUACAUAAAUGAAUAGUCUUUGGCAACAGCUCUAGUAGACAUCCCAGCAGUCAGCAUCCCCAAAACACACACCCUCAACUAGAGACAUCUGUGGCAUGGUGGUGUGGAACAAUUCAUUCUACAUUUUAGUGUGGCCUUUUACGGUUUCCAGCACAAAGUGAAUUUAGGUAUUACCAUUCUUUUUAAUCAGCGGCUGCAGAUUACCAUGUUUUUGUCCCCUUAGCCCUUGCCCUCACCACUUUCCCUUGGAAGAAUACCCAACGAAACCAGAUGUAGUUUUAUUGCCCUAGGUGCUGAUCCAAUUCACAAAAGCAUUCCCAUCCACCCUUGAUUUAUCUUAAGGGCACGAGUGAACAUCUUUGCUCACUUACUGGAUUGAUAUCAUCCACAAUUCAAUGCAAACUGAAGUAGUGUCUAACACCACAGCGGGUGCACUCACAAGUCCACAUGGAUGUGACGGGGUAAAACGUGAAUGAUGGGCUGAGGGUGUACGCUCGAUCUACUUUAUCCCGGGAAAAGGUGAAAUGCUCACGAACAGAGAUGUGAACAAAUUUGUAACUGAAAUAAUCCCUUUGAACGUACAGUAUGGAGUGAACUUUUCUGGAAUGAUCUUUCAAGCUCAUGAAAUAUGGGACUAACCCUUCACAUGGUGUGUUUGUAUGUAUGUCCAGUGUAGUCGUUACAGUGGUCAAAUCAGCAAGGUCCUGGCUACUGUUGGUAUGCCGCGACUGGUUUUCACCUGGCUGAAUUCAUUCAGCUCAAUUAGUAAAUUCCUACGUCACUCAAGGCGCAAAUUCAACAUUUUCAAUUGCUUUUUAUGGGACUCCCCCAAAAAAUACCCUUUUGCCUGAGGGCGGUGCCCUCACCUGACAAUGACUGCAGUGUACAUGAUCAUGUUCCAGUCUCAGGGAGCAGCAUCAAUCUCUUUCAUAACUCAAUGGCACCCGGACAAAAAUGACUGGGAGAGGCUAUGAUCAGCUACAACAUUAUAACUGGUGACACAUUGGCCAAAGUAUUUCUGAGAAUACCUGGAGUUGGACCAGGCAACAUGCUUGCAGAAAGACAUUUUGUCAUUGCAGUAUCCACCAUUCUGUUCACACUACCGCUGUCUCUCUUCCGGAAUGUAUCAAAGCUAGGAAAGGUGUCCUUACUGUCCAUGGUGUUGACUCUUUUCAUCCUCGUCAUCGUUCUCAUCCGAGCCGCUACCCUCGGGCCAAAGAUUCCCCCUACAGAGAGUGCGUGGGUGUUUGCAAGGUGGAAUGCAAUCCAGGCCGUUGGCGUCAUGUCUUUUGCCUUUAUCUGCCAUCACAACAGCUUCAUGAUCUAUGCCUCGAUGAAGGAGCCGAGUCUGAGUAACUGGUCCCGGGUCACCCACUUCUCUGUUGGUUCUGCUUUGAUUAUCAGUGCUCUGUUUGCUGCGGCUGGAUAUGCUACGUUCACCGGGUACACACAAGGUGACAUCUUCGAAAACUACUGCAGGAACGAUGACCUGGCCACAUUUGGUCGCUUCUGUUUUUGCGUCAGUAUAAUAACAACUUUUCCUCUGGAGUGUCUUGUAACCAGAGAGGUGGUCUCCAACGUCUUUUUUAACGGGACCCUCAACAACUAUUCGCACGUGGCUGUUACACUGCUUCUAGUUGGGACGUGCACUGCACUGUCCUUGGCCUAUGACUGUCUGGGUAUUGUCCUGGUGCUGAAUGGUGUUAUAAGUGCCACACCUUUAAUUUUCAUCAUUCCAUCAGCUUGCUACCUCAAGCUUUCAACAGAACGCUGGUUCGCCGGUGAAAACCGCAUCCCCUGUCUCCUCCUCAUAGCUGGCGUCUUUGUCAUGAUAACCGGUUUUGUCAUGGCAGUCAUGUUCCCCCAGGACUGCUCCCACGGAGCGGAGAUGUUCUACUGCUCAGCCUCAAACCCCUCCUCUUCAACCUCCACACCAACCACUGAGCUACUCCUUCAGAAUUCCACUGAGUUUUAGAUACCACAUUGUGGCUUCACUACUCAUUAUGGAUUUAUUAUGCCUGCAACUAAUGUUUCAUAAUUUACUAUUUGACUUUGAUGUCUGAAUAACAAGUGCCAAUAUUCAAUGUAUAAGAUUUUUAAACAGUUCCACCUUUAAUAUUGCAGGAAUUUACUUUUGAGAAACCUACCACAUGAUGUCGCUAUAACAUGAAUAAAAAGGCUAAAUUCUUG